AUGGCACGAAAUGAAGACACUUCCAUGAAUGAAGCUCCAUUCUGGAGCAUCACAAUUGAUGACAAGUUAUCCAGCGAGGAGUUGUUCAAACACAUAAAAGGAGCAAAGGAAAGGCUAGCUCAGUUUCAAAGACCAAAACCAAAGAUCCAAAGGGUUCCCUACACGCUUAGAGAUCACAAAAAAUUUGAGAAAUACUAUGAGCCAAGGGCAGUAGCAAUUGGUCCUUUCCAUCAUGAUAAACCAAGGUGUCAACUGGCAGAGAAUUUCAAGCUUGCAAUGGCAGAAAAAUUUAUCGAAGACAGCGGCCGUCAGGUUGAAUAUUUGCACAAGAUCAUUGAGGACAACAUCAACACACUAAAGGACUGCUAUGAUGAGGAAGCAACAAGGUACUACACCGACGAGGCCCUCACAAACUUGUUAUUCUUAGAUGGGUGUUCAACCUUACAGUUCAUAUACUCAUUUGUGAAUAACCAGUUAGCAAAUUUCAUGAUCAAGAGGGAUCAGGUGGCUUUUGCAGAACAGGACUUGUUCCUGCUAGAAAACCAACUCCCUUACCAAGUCCUCAAGCUGUUGAUGAGCGCAAGUGCCAAAGAGAUGGACUUGAAGUCUGCAAUCGAUGGAUUUGUUGGAAGGAACAUCAUGGCAGAAGAAAAAAAAGGGAAACGGGACGAACCCAAAAAAUGUAGUCAACAAGGAUAUGGUGUCAUAGACAAGGAAGAGCCCACUCAUCUUCUCGAGCUUCUCCGGACAAAAAUGCUAGGCCCCAAAUCUAACAACAGCACGGAGACUCAUCUUCUCGAGCUUCUCUGGACAAAAAUGCUACGCUGCAAAUGUGACAACAGCACGGAGAAAAAAGGCCAACAAUCAUUCCGCAACAUACAGGAGCUUAAAGCAGCAGGGAUCCAUUUAAGGCGUAGUAAGACAGGGACUUUGAGGGACAUAUCUUUUACUCAUCCUCUAGGGCUUCUAGGCUUUCAAGGAUUCCUAAAUCUUCCACCACUAUCUGUAGAUGACUCCAUGGGGCCCAAGUUCUUGAAUUUGAUAGCCUAUGAGAUGUGUCCUGAUUUCCAAAAUGACUCUGGGGUCACCUCUUACAUAUGCUUCCUGGAUUCACUAAUUGAUCAUGCAGAUGAUGUUAAACAGCUAAGGAAGGCACACAUACUACACAAUUUACUUGGGAGUGAUGAAGAGGUGGCUAAACUUUUCAAUAAGAUAGGUACUGAUUUGGUGCCUAACAGUGAAACAUACCACGGUGUCAAAGACAAAUUAGAAAAGCACUACAAAAACAUGUGGAAAACCUGGAUGGCUCAAUUCUGUCACGAUCAUUUCAGUAGCCCCUGGACUAUCCUGGCUUUCCUUGGUGUUCUAGCAGCUCUAGGGUUAAGCGGCAUCCAGACCUGGUACACAGUCAAUUCUCCCUCCUCUUCCUGA